AUGAAGAUGGUAAAUAAGUUAUUGAUAAUAGCGAUUAUAUUAUUUGAGGUUUCAAGAAUAUUUUCGAUAGAAAAUAACUCUUCAAAAUUUGUGGCGGAGUUGAACAAGUUAUUAGUGAAUGAUAAAAUUGCAGAUAACUACUGCGAUGGUAAAAGAAUAUUUUGCAAUGAUAAUGAGAUCAUUAGUAUUAUUUUAGAUGGAUUUGAGCUAUCUGCAUUUCCUGUAGGGAUUACAAUGAUUAAAGAUACAUUAAAGGAAUUAAGAAUAAUAUACGCAAAUCUGAAAGGUAAUAUUCCGAAUGAAAUUUAUGAGCUGACUGAAUUAGAACAUCUGGAUCUAAGAGAUAACAAGUUUAAUGGUAGUUUAAGUAAUAAUAUUAAAUAUCUGAAUAAAUUAUCGCAUCUUGAUUUAAGUUACUUAAACCUAUCUGGUCCGAUACCUGAUGGUCUAUAUUCAUUGACUAAAUUGACAUAUCUGGAUCUACGAGAAAACAAAUUUAAUGGUAGUUUAAGUGAUAAGAUUAGAAAUCUGAAGGACUUACGCAUUCUUGAUUUAAGUAAUUUAAAUCUAUCUGGACCAAUACCUGAUAGUAUAUAUUCAUUAAUUGAAUUAGAAGAUCUGAUAUUAGGGGGUAACAGGUUUAGUGGUAGUUUAAGUGAUAAUAUUAGAAAUCUGAAUAAUUUAUUAUAUCUUGAUUUAAGUAAUUUAAGUCUGUCUGGACCAAUACCUGAUGGUCUAUAUUCAUUGACUAAAUUAUUAUACCUAAAAUUAGGAGGUAACAGGUUUAAUGGUAAAUUAAAUAAUAAUAUCAAAAAUCUGAAAAGGUUAUGGAAUCUUGAUUUAAGUAAUUCAAGCAUAUCUGGUGAGAUACCUGACGGUCUAUAUUCAAUAAAUCGACUAAGAUAUCUAAAUCUUAUGCAUAACAAUAUUAAUGGUACUUUAUCACCUAAGAUUGGUAAUAUGUUUAACUUAAAUGGUUUAAAUCUGAGUUUUAAUCAAUUAAGUGGAACUAUACCAGAUGAAAUCGGUAAUUUAAUCAAUCUCAGAAAUUUAGAAAUGAUAGAGAAUAGAUUUGAAGGUAAUAUUCCUGAUCUGAGUCGUCUGGAAAAGUUGUUAUAUAUGAAUAUUAGCUCAACAAAACAUAGACUGAAUGCAAGUUGUAAUGAUAAAAUGCUACCUCCACAUAUUGAUAAGAACAGAUGUUUUAUUGGACCUGUGAAUAAAUUAUGCAAUAACAAUAUAAAAUGUGAAUACGGCAGCUGGGUUGUAGAGGAGUCGUCAAUUGGUUCAAUGUUAUAUAUAAAUAGAUUAAAAAUAAUUAUUAUGAUGAUAAUAUGCAGAGGUGUAAUAGAAAUGAUAUUAAAUUAG